UUAAGCAUAAUUAAUGGCUCCUUUUUCUACAAUCUUUUUUCUUAUUUUGUUAAUAGUCCCUCUAUGCAGUGCAACUCUUGGAGUUCAAUACUAUGAUCAAACAUGUCCUCAUGCUGAAGAUAUUAUUUAUCAAACAAUUCGCAAUGCUUCGUUUUUUGAUCCUAAAGUCCCAGCACGUAUUCUCAGGAUGUUCUUCCAUGAUUGUUUCAUUAGAGGAUGUGAUGCAUCAGUUCUACUGGAUUCAACACCAGAAAACAAAGCAGAGAAAGAUGGUCCGCCUAACCUCUCUCUUGGAGCUUUCUAUGUGAUUGAUGCUGUCAAAACUAACCUCGAAAAGGCUUGCCCAACAACUGUUUCUUGUGCUGACAUAGUUGCCAUCGCAGCUAGAGAUGUCGUGGCCAUGUCUGGAGGUCCAUACUGGAAUGUACUAAAAGGAAGAAAAGAUGGAAGGGUGUCAAGGGCCAAUGAGACAGUAAACUUACCUGCUCCAUCCUUCAACACAAGCCAACUCAUUCAGAGCUUUGCCAACAGGGGAUUGGGAGUGAAAGAUUUGGUUGCUCUUUCUGGUGGACACACACUUGGAUUCUCACACUGCUCUUCAUUUGAAGGCAGACUUCAUAACUUCAGCUCAGUGCACGACACUGACCCGAGCUUGAACGCAGUAUUUGCACAGAGCUUAAAGCAGAAAUGCCCGAAACCCAACAGUGAUCGCAAUGCAGGACAAUUAUUGGACCCAACUUCAUCAGUAUUUGACAACAACUAUUACAAGCAAAUUAUUUCAGGCAAAGGUGUUUUUGCAUCAGACCAGAGUUUGUUGAAUGACUACAGGACUGGAUUGAUUGUUAAGGCAUUUGCCAAUGACCAAACUGUGUUCUUCAGGGAAUUUGCUGCUUCAAUGAUCAAGCUUGGAAAUGUUGGUGUCCUUGAAAAUGCAGAAGUUAGACUCAACUGCAGAGCUGUGAACUGAGAAAUGAGUGUGUUUGUACCUAUGUUUGUUCUUUUUGCUGUCUAAUAACUGAGGCUUAAUGAAAUACUAGUAUGAAAUA